UUCAGAAAUGAAAUCAGCAUCAUUUCGAAGAGGACAGCCAUUCAGUCAAGCAUCGAUGCCGUGUCAUACAGUGCAACACCACUGGCCACACUGGUGUCAGUAAUUACUAUGGUGCUUACAGGGAAGACCCUCACGCCCGCCAAUGUUUUUAUGCUCCUGUCGUUUCUGGAUGUUUUAAAAUUUAUUGGCAUGUUAAAUAUGACUCCUGGUUUAAUGUUAACGUAUGACGCCUACGUUUCACUCGAAAGAAUCGAAGAAUUCCUUCUUUUGGAAAAUCUGUCGGAAGCCUCGGAGAGUGAUGAAAGCAACGAGCCCACACAAAAAGCGAAAAGUACCUUAAGGAACCAAAGUCGCACUUACUUGGGAAAAGAAGAGGAAAAUACAGAGAAAGCUUCCCUCUCUCGUGAAUCGACAGUAUUAGGGCCUUCUAUAUGUGUGUCAAAUUUAAGCUACGCAAAAACACAUCCUGAAGAUGAAUUUAUUCUUCAGGAUAUCAACUUCUUUGCACCUUCAAAGAGUUUAACAGUCAUCACCGGCCCGGUUGGAAGUGGGAAGUCUACUCUGCUCUCAGCGAUCGCUGGUGAAAUUUCGAACGCCAGUGGGACGAUUGAUUAUGAAGGUUCUGUUAUUUACUUGCCUCAGACUUCUUGGGUGUUCUCAGGAACGAUAAAAGAAAACAUUCUAUUUGGCCAGCACCUCGAGGAGUCCAAGUACGAAAGAAUAAUCGACGUCUGCGCCUUAAAAGAAGACUUUCAGCGGCUACCUGAUGGCGACCAAACAGUUGUUGGAGAACGCGGCGAGGUUCUGAGUGGAGGACAGCAGGCGAGAGUUGGUUUAGCUCGUGCAGUUUAUGCUGACGGAGAUAUUUAUCUAUUGGAUGAUCCACUGAGUGCUGUCGAUGUUAAAGUUGGCCAACACAUCUUUAACAAGUGCAUCAAAGAUCUACUGGGCGAUAAAAUCGUUCUGUUCUCCUCUCAUCAGCAACAGCACAUGGUAAAUGCAGAUCAAGUGAUUGUGUUGUACAAAGGGCGUGUCCUCGACAAGGGAUGCUUUAUUGAACUGCACGAAAAAGGUGUAAUUAGUUCAACUGUUGACCCGCUCUAUAAGGCAGCUCUGAAGGACAGAACAGACCUAUCUUGGCCGUUCUCCUUGGAAGAUAAGGAGGAACACGAUGAUGAUGAAAAGUGCUAUAAAACACAUGCUUUGCCUAAUGAAGCGAGGAGUUUGGAAAUAGCCAAGGAGGAUCGUACAAUCGGCGUUGUGACAUCCAGGCUUUAUUGGGACUACUUCAGAAGUGGAGCACAUCCUCUGAUGAUAACUGGAAUAGUUGGUUUAAGCCUCAUUACUCAAGCCAUCAUAGGUGCUCCAGACUUGUGGCUCUCGUUUCUUGCAAGGCUAAACCCAGAGGAUCAGAAGAAUAAAACAUAUCUAUCUGUCUUCGCCUGUCUGGUUGGUGUGUGUUUUAUAUUUACUAUCGUUCGGGCUUAUGGAUUCCUCUUAGUUUCUCUAAAAUGCGCCGAGCGGCUGCACGAUAAAAUGGUUGUGGCCAUUUUACAAGCACCUGUCCUGUUCUUUGAUUCAAAUCCAGUGGGAAGAAUCCUAAAUCGCUUUUCCAAUGAUAUUGGCUGCGUAGAUGAGUUGUUACCCAAAACAUUCCUGGCGGCAAUGCAGAGGCUCUUGGUGAUAUUUGCCCAAAUUCUGGUUAUAGUGGCCAUAAAUGUUUGGCUGAUGUUUCUUGUUGUUCCAAUUUUCGUGCUGGUCGUUUUUCUAUCCAAUUAUUACUUGAAGACUGCCAGAGAACUAAAGAGGUUAGAGUCGAUAUCCCGAAGCCCAGUCUUCGCUCAUUUUUCGGAGACCCUGAUAGGACUGGACACGAUUCGUACGAGAGAAAGACAGAGAGAUUUUGUGGAUACACUGUACAGAUAUCAAGAUGUUCACAAUCAGGCGUACAUUAUGGUGAUGGCCAGCGGUAGGUGGCUUGGUACACGUUUGGAUUGUCUCGCUUCCUUGUUAGUCGGUGCGGUUGCUCUGGCUGCAAUCUUGGUAUCUCAAGAUGCCGCUUACGCUGGUCUCUUAUUACUUGAAGACUGCCAGAGACCUAAAGAGGUUAGAGUCGAUAUCCCGAAGCCCAGUGUUGGCUCAUUUUUCAGAGAGCCUGAUAGGACUGGACACGAUUCGUACGAGACGAAGACAUACAGAUUUUGUGGAUGCACUUUACAGGCGUACAUUAUGGUGAUGGCCAGCGGUAGGUGGCUCGGUGCACGUUUGGAUUGUCUCGCUUCCUUGUUAGUCGGUGCAGUUGCUCUGGCUGCAAUCUUGGUAACUCAAGAUACCGCUUACGCCGGUCUUGCUCUUGUUUAUGUCAUCCAAACUCUGAGCUCGACUCAAUACGCUGUUAGAAAAACCUCUGAAGUGGAAAACUACAUGACGUCAGUUGAGCGAGUUAUGACCUACACCAAACUGGAUCGGGAGCCUGGAUACAAGGAAGAACGAAGACCCCCACAAGACUGGCCUCGGAGAGGAAGUAUUGUGUUGAGAGAUGUAUCAUUGACGUACUAUCCGGGAGGACCUAAAGUGCUGAAGAACAUCAAUCUUAGCAUCAAAGGAGGAGCAAAGAUUGGAGUUGUCGGCCGUACGGGAGCCGGGAAGUCAUCUUUCGUAGCAGCUCUUAUGCGCAUGCCUGAUGCUGAUGGAGAGAUAACCAUCGACGAUUGUGUGGUGCCAGAGCCAAUAAAUGCACAGGUCACAAAUGAGUCAUAA